AAAACAAGAAAAGCGAAAAUAGCUCUCUUUAUCUUCCUCCUCUACCUGCUCUCUGUCACAAUCACUUCGUGUUUUUUAGUUUCCGUUUUGCGCUCCAUUUCAAAUUCAAAAACAAUCGCAACUACCUCCUUGCAGAAACAUCUUGCAGUUACAGAAGAGAAACCUAAGGUUUCUUCUUCUCAAAUGGCUACCAUGGAGAGCUUGAUUAGUCUUGUUAAUAGAAUACAGAGGGCCUGUACUAUUCUCGGUGACUACGGCGGUGACUCUGGUGGCGCCGCUGCCGCUUCUUUGCCUACUCUCUGGGAGUCUCUUCCCUCUGUCGCCGUUGUUGGUGGCCAGAGUUCUGGAAAGUCAUCAGUGUUGGAGAGCAUUGUGGGUAGAGAUUUUCUUCCAAGAGGAUCAGGGAUUGUGACUAGGCGGCCUUUGGUAUUGCAACUGCACAAGACAGAACCAGGGAUAACUGAGUAUGCAGAGUUUCUUCAUAAGCAAAGGGAGAGAUUUACAGAUUUCGCUAUGGUCCGAAAGGAAAUUCAAGACGAAACUGAUAAAAUUACUGGGAAGUCAAAGCAGAUAUCUCCUGUUCCUAUUCAUCUGAGUAUCUACUCCCCAAAUGUUGUCAACUUGACUUUAAUAGAUUUGCCUGGUUUAACAAAAGUUGCAGUAGAGGGUCAGCCAGAGAGCAUUGUUAAGGACAUCGAGAAUAUGGUUCGUUUAUAUGUUGAGAAGCCAAAUUGCAUUAUUCUGGCCAUAACUCCAGCCAAUCAAGAUAUAGCAACAUCUGAUGCUAUCAAACUUGCUAGAGAAGUUGAUCCAGCAGGUGAAAGGACAUUCGGUGUGUUGACAAAGCUUGACUUGAUGGAUAAGGGAACAAAUGCACAAGAUGUUCUUGAAGGAAGGGCUUACCCGCUUCAACACCCUUGGGUUGGAAUUGUUAACCGCUCUCAAGCUGAUAUUAAUAAAAAUGUGGAUAUGAUUGCUGCUCGUCAAAGGGAGCGUGAGUUCUUUUCCACCAGUCCUGAUUAUGGACACUUGGCUGGCAGAAUGGGUUCUGAAUAUCUUGCAAAACUUCUGUCCAAGCACUUGGAAUCUGUAAUUAAAACUCGCAUACCAGGUAUCACAUCUUUAAUAAAUAGAAGCAUCGAUGAUCUUGAAUCAGAGUUGGAUCACCUUGGUAGACCUGUUGCAAUUGAUGCUGGGGCUCAGCUAUAUACUAUUCUAGAGUUGUGCCGAGCAUUUGAUCGUGUAUUCAAGGAACAUUUGGAUGGAGGGCGUCCUGGUGGUGAUCGAAUUUAUGGAGUUUUUGACUACCAGCUUCCUACUGCUUUGAGGAAGCUUCCAUUUGACCGUCACUUGUCUCUGCAAAAUGUAAGAAAAGUGGUUUCAGAGGCAGAUGGAUAUCAACCUCAUCUAAUUGCACCAGAGCAAGGUUAUCGACGUCUUAUUGAUGGUGCACUUAAUUACUUCAGAGGCCCUGCUGAAGCUUCUGUAGAUGCCGUUCACUUUAUUUUGAAGGAGAUUGUAAGGAGGUCAAUUGGAGAGACCCAGGAGUUGAAGCGCUUUCCAACUCUUCAAGCUGAAAUAGCUUCUGCAGCCACUGAUGCACUGGAGAGGUUCCGCGAAGACAGUAAGAAGACAACUUUGAGGUUGGUGGAGAUGGAAUCCUCUUACCUAACUGUUGAUUUCUUCAGGAAACUUCCCCUAGAGGCGGAGAAGGGUGGAGAUCCAACUGUCUCUAAUGUAGACCGAUACGCAGAGGGGCAUUUUCGUAGAAUAGGAUCAAACGUAUCCUCUUAUGUUGGUAUGGUGUCUCAGACACUGAGGAAUUCAAUUCCAAAGGCUGUGGUUCAUUGUCAAGUGAAGGAGGCCAAGCGAUCUUUACUGGAUCUCUUCUAUACCCAAGUGGGUAAAAAGGAGGGAAAGCAACUUGCAGCAUUGCUAGAUGAAGAUCCUGCAUUGAUGGAAAGGAGGCAGAAAUGUGCAAGAAGGCUUGAGUUAUACAAAAAUGCAAGGGAUGAGAUUGAUUCAGUCUCAUGGGCUGCAUGAGAUGAAUGAUGAAGAGAAAAUCUGAUAUAGUUAGUGAUUGACAGGCAUGAUACGGCAGGCGGAUUAUAUUAGCCUCUCGUGCAGCCAAUUCCAGUUUUUUCAGCUGGGAUGAUCUUUUAUAUAUCCUGAAUUUUUCUCUGUUGCAAGUCUUUCAACCGCUUUCAGUUGCGGAUGUCUAGUAGAUUUCUCUUAUAAUCCUUGCUCAGGUUUUUUUUU